AUGAUUUCUAUCAUUCUUAUCGCGUUUGUAGCUCAAGCUGAAUAUCUUAUGUCCAUGGAUAACGAAUACAUGAAUGUCUAUCUUCUUGAUAAGUGUUAUUAUACUGGAGGCAACACUUAUACUAAAUAUGUGAGAGAAGACAAAAAAGCCAAAGGUUACACAUCAACAACAGGUUGUGGUGAUUGGCAUGAUGAUGGUUCUUUUGAUCUUAAGAACGGUCAGUCCUUUGUCGAUAACCUUCCAGAAUACUUAGUAGUUGAUUAUGCAUACAUUGAUGCUAAAGACUGCAAAAUCAAAGAAAGUGAAGCAAGACCAAUAGAAACACUUCUUAAAUCUGGGUGUAUCAAAACGUCAGAAACAACUUCAACAAAAACGGAAAUUAAAGAUGGGAAGUUCAUUAAAAAUGAUUAUGAUGCAUCUAACAGCUGUACUGGAACCCCAUCAAAUAUCAUCAACAAAGAAAUGGACAAAUGCUUCACUGAUAAAGAUGGCUUUUACCACACCGCCAAAGACUCUGCUGUGACUCUUUCAGUGAUCAUGGCAUUUGUCUUGGCUCUUUUACUCUUAAUUAUUUUUAGGGAAUAG